AUGGCAACAUACGAAUGUAGCUUGGCUGGACUCAUUAUUGGCACGGCAGAGAAGGACGCCAUUCUACAACGACUUAUUGGCAUUUGCGGCAACGAAGCUAUGAUAGAUCUAUUUGAACACGAGAUGAUCUUCUCACCCACGGUGCAAACACCCGUUGGACCUGCACGCAAUGACGACGUUGUCCUACGGCUACAGUCGCGUAUCACGUCCGAACACGAUAAGAGCUUAAAGAACCGGCAGUGGUACCUAUGUAUGCAAGGGCAUCCUGAGCCACAACGUGGGCGAUCAGUCACCGUUCGACCGCAUGUACGCGUGCAAUUGAGUGGAGACGUUUUUCGAUUCAUGAGGUCUUUGGGAUAUAGUUACUCGUUUGAGAUCGUGCGGAAAGGUCAUUUGAUUGCAUAUGAAAAGUUACUUCGGAUCACCAUAACGCAAUCUUACAAGUUGAAAACCAAGGUGGAUGUAUCAAGUGCGGUAUUGGUGGAUCAGGAUCAAGAGAUGUGGGUGAUCGAAGUCAGCUCAAUACCAGUGGCACAAGAACAAGUCAAUACAAUGGCUGAGCAAUUGAACAAGUUUAAAACGCUACUAAAUGGCGUGGUGGAUCUCGAGAUUGUGGACACACGAGCGUUACAGAAUCGAAUUCAUUACACUUAA